AUGCCUAAGCGUAUUUUGUGCUCGUAUGGAGUCGAUGUUGAUGCUGUUGCCGGUUGGCUUGGCUCAUAUGGAGGCGAAGAUUCACCAAGCGAUAUUUCUCGUGGCCUGUUCGCCGGAACACACGGAACUCGCCGAAUGCUGAAGUUGUUCGAUAAGUACAACAUCAAAGCGACAUGGUUCAUCCCGGGACACAGUCUUGAGACUUUCCCCGAAGAAUGUGCCAUGGUCCGUGAUGCCGGCCAUGAAAUAGGGCUCCACGGCUACUCUCAUGAAAAUCCUUCGGACAUGACACUGGAGCAACAGCGUGAUGUCUUGGAAAAGACUCACAAGAUGCUCACAGAUUUCUGCGGCAAACCGCCCCGCGGAAGUGUCGCCCCUUGGUGGGAGACUAGCAAGGAGGGCGUUGAUCUGAUGCUGAGCUAUGGCAUUGAGUAUGAUCACUCAAUGUCUCAUGAUGAUUGCCAUAUGUACUGGCUACGAACUAAUGAUAGCUGGACCAAAAUUGAUUACAAGCAAAAGGCUGAGACUUGGAUGAAGCCAUUAGUCAAGGGACAGGAUACAGGACUUGUUGAGAUUCCAGCAAACUGGUAUCUAGAUGAGGUGAGUUUUGGCAGUCCUUGGUACAAGAUCCAUGUGCUAACCCUUCCCCCUAUGAUGUUCAUCAAAGACGCCCCCAACAGCCACGGCUGGGUCAACUCUCGUGAUGUCGAAGACCUGUGGCGAGACCACUUUGACUACUUCUACCGAGAAUACGCCGAUGAUCCCGAUGAGAUUUGUGUGUUUCCUCUCACAGUCCAUCCGGAUGUUUCCGGUCGACCGCAUGCUCUGCUGAUGCACGAGAGAUUGAUUGAGUAUAUCAACAAGCAUGAAGGUGUUGAAUGGGUGACGAUGGAGCAGAUGUGUGAUGAGUUCAAAAAGAAGAAUAAGCCACCAAAGGGGGCUGUUAUGCCCAAGGCUCAGGAAAAGAAGUAG